AUGGGCAUGGGAUACUGGUGUCUGAACUGUUUCACUAGUAGAGGAAAAGCUUCAAAGGAAGAGGAGCAGGAAGAGGAGGAGGAAGGAAACAAACACCAACAUGAACAAGGAAACGUAAUAAGCCAUCUCCCAGAUCAAGAGGAGGAGGAGGAGGAAGGAAACAAACACCAACAUGAACAAGGAGACGUAAUAAGCCAUCUCCCAGAUCAAGAGGAGGAGGAGGAGGAGGGGGAGGAAGGAAACAAACACCAACAUGAACAAGGAGACGUAAUAAGCCAUCUCCCAGAUCAAGAGGAGGAGGAGGAAGGAAACAAACACCACCACGAACAAGGAAACAUAAUAAGCCAUCUCUUAGAUCAGUCUAUUGAUGUUCCAGCUGACAGAAUUAGUGGUGAUCUCUUUUCUCGUUCUAGUGAGAGGGAAGAAAUUAAGAUUCAUGAGAAGCUGAGCAGUACCAUUUCAAAUGACAGAAUCAGUGAUCUCCCGGAUGAUGUGCUGCUUCUCAUACUCUCAUUCUUGCCUUCCAAAGCCAUUGGUCGAACAAGUGUCUUAUCUCGAAGAUGGAGUCAUGUAUGGUCUUCCUAUCCCAUCCUUGACUUCUCUGAACUUCUUAGUGGUAAUGAAGCUGCUCAUCGUCAGAUGAGCGCAAGGAUCAUCAACACGGUGCUGGCAUGCCUCGUCCAAAGCAAUUUUGUGUUCGACCAAUGCUACAAAGUUUCCUUAACAAAAGGCAGCAUAGAUUGCUUUCAAAGAGUUAGGGGUGAUCCAGACAAUUCUUGUUUGGCUAGGGUUGAAGAGCUUGUGCUCGAUGUCUCGUUCAGCAGUAGUGCAAAUACAUCUAGAUUGCCUCAAUGUCAACUUAAGAGUCACUCAAUAAGUAGUAGUAGACUGAGCUCAAAGGCGUGGCUAGGGUUUCCAUCUACUUAUGUUGUUUCGUCGUAUAUCCUUUCGCUCCAAGAUUUAACUCUAAAUGAGAUGGAUUUCUCAGGUAUGGAUUUAUUAUCCGUUUCUUCAUUCCCUUUUCUCGAGAAAUUGAAACUAUACCGGUGUAGAGGAAUGACUUCUCUGAACAUUUGUUGUCCAAACCUAAAGGACAUACAAGUUUGGAGUAUGAAGCUAUAUAGCAUGCAGAUCUCUGGAAUGAGACUAGAGACGUUGUAUUUUUAUGGAAAUUGCAUCCGUGAUCGGGUCAACAUUUCUGCGCCGAAUCUACAAUCUUUGGAUUGGGGAAAUUACAUUGCUAAUAAGUGUGCCAUUCACAACUUUCCUACGCCCAAAAGAUAUCGCAUGCGUCAUGACUUGUUCGGCGGUACAAGGUUUAAAACGACUCGUCAUAGUUUAGUGAUCGAUCUUCUUUCCUAUUCCUCCCAAGCUGAAAUCCUUGAAUUAUCCCAUGACUACUACCUCGAGAUUCUAUCAGAAAUAUAUCUCGAAUCUGGUGGCUUACCUUUCUCAUUCGGGAAACUUAAAACCUUGAGAAUGAGUGGUGAAAUGAGGCAAAGACAUCUUGGUGGUCUAGCAUGCCUGUUGAAGAGCUCUCCGGUAGUCCACACCCUCGAUCUCUGGUUUAGUCAGGAAGAAGAGCAUAAGUGGAACAACGAUUUGUUGGAAACAUUGAUCCCCUUUCUUAUUCGCCUAAAGGUAGUCAACAUUCACCUUGGUAAGAUCAUAUCUGAGAAUGCUAUAACUUUCGCAAAGAUUAUGCUCAAAUAUGGAACAGAUCUGGAAAACAUUAUUCUUAAAUUUUGGAGGAGCGGAAGUGCUCUCCCACCCAAUGCCCUAGUUGACACCAUUGCUUUAUUAAAUGGAUUCCCCAGGGCAUCUAUAAAUGCCAAGCUCUCAACAUACUGCUAUUGA